GAAAAAUAAAACCAGCGAAGGAAAAUGCAGCUUAACUAGUUUGGGGCAGGUUGCUGAGGUUUCUAUUACAUCAAGAUGCCGUUCAAAGAAUAAAAACUGUGAAAAAGGCGAGCUUUUCAUCCACACUUCCUUAUUUACAAACUCGGUCAUUUAUUGUGCGGUUUCACGUGGAUUUGACGACAAUAGCUUAAGUUAGUAGCGACGUUUGAAUAUCAAAUGCUAGCUAAGGAGCUAGUUAGCACUUAGCUAAAGAUUUCACUCAUAAUAACAGCUGUCUGGUCUCACCCAGGUGGGUAGUGACUGACAGAUGCCUUCAUCAUGAUCCUCAGUAUCCUGGUUAUCAUCACUCUUCUGGUGUCCCAGGCCAGAAGCUUCCUGAGCCCCACAGAGGUCGACAUUGUUCCCGAGGAGUGGGUUCUCCUCCACGUAGUUCAGGGUCACAUCGGAGCAGGAAACUACAGCUACCUGCGUCUCAACCACGAUGGCAGAAUCAUUCUGCAGAUGCAAAGCCUCAAGGGAGACGCCGACCUCUACGUGUCGGACAAAACCCUGCAGCCAAGUUUCGACACCUACAAGCUGCAAUCGACCACCUGCGGCCAGGAUGUGGUGGUGGUGCCUGUGGACUUUGUGAGGCCCGUGGGCAUCGGCAUAUAUGGCCACCCGUCAUAUCUGGAGAGUGAGUUUGAGAUGCGGGUGUUUUACGAUCAAGCUGUUCCCCAGAACCUAUUUGAUAGAGGGUCGGACACAGAACAUGAGAAAAAGUAUUCUUCUCGGGCAGCGGAGGAGAAGGAUGAAUCCAUCUUGGGGCAAAUUCUGAUUGGAAUUGUGGAGCUCGUGCUGGAGUGUUUGUUUAGUUUAAUCUAGUUUGUGUUUAAGUUUAAUUUCAAUGAUAAAACCAUGUGUCUUAAAGCUGUGCAGCAGCCACACGAGCUGUGUGGGUCUAAACAUCUGAAACAUAAGCAAUAUAAGGUGUCACAACCAGAACUAUCUCUCUGCUGUCAGUUGCUGUAUUUUGGUUCUGGAUGGAAAUCUCAGUUAACGUCAACAUUAUCAGUGAUUGGUUUGGUGACAUUUGUCUGUUGGACAAGCUCCUGUUUUAAACACCUCCUCCUGUCUUCUGAGGAGUUAAAAGUUGAGCAGAAAUGUUCAACAGUGCCUUCAGAUGCUUCCUCUGCAGAGGGGAGAGCUCAACCGUUUCCUCUCCACUGAUGAUAGUCUGGUUGUCAAAAUAAAACUGGUUUUUCACAUUGUUC